UGCCUGCGAGCCUUCACUCGGGACAACAACGCCCCUCGUGUAGCGAGCGCUUGAUAAGUUGUUCAGCGCGGCCAGUCGGCCACACUGAUUCAUUUCGGGGGCUCUUAUUUCCCUUAGCCCCGCCCGCGUGUGUCGAGUCGACUAUCCGAAAGAAGCGUGCCGCUGGGGGGAAGUUCCGACGAAUCGAGAGCUCGACCACAGUGGGUCCUCUCCAUGCUGAAAACGUGCAAACGUCUCAGGGCGAGGAGAACCGUGGUGGACCGCAGUGACUGUGGCUUUACUGCAGAUCCAGGGAGAGGAACUCGUGUGCAUUCCUCUACAGGAGCAAGACAAUGGACGUGAAAAUGGAACAGCAGGAAGAAGACCACGCAUUCAGCAACGCUGACACCAAUAGUAAACGCCCGGCUGAGGACAUGGAAGAGGAGCAGACCUUCAAACGUUCGCGCAACACAGAUGAGAUGGUGGAGCUGCGUGUGCUGCUUCAGAGCAAAAAUGCUGGUGCUGUUAUUGGAAAGGGUGGAAAGAACAUAAAAGCCCUACGCACAGAUUACAAUGCCAGUGUAUCAGUCCCAGACAGCAGUGGCCCAGAGCGGAUUCUGAGUGUGAAUGCCAAUAUCGACACUAUUGGAGAGAUUCUGCUGAAAAUCAUACCAACUCUAGAGGAGUACCAGCAUUACAGCGGGAUUGAUUUUGACUCUGAGCUUCGCCUGCUGAUCCAUCAGAGCUUGGCAGGGGGCAUCAUCGGGGUGAAAGGUGCCAAGAUAAAGGAGCUGAGAGAGAACACCCAGACCACCAUCAAGUUGUUCCAGGAGUGCUGUCCACACUCUACUGACAGAGUCGUCCUGGUGGGAGGGAAGCCAGAACGUGUCAUUGAAUGUAUAAAAGUUAUCCUGGAGCUCGUGUCAGAGGCACCAAUCAAAGGUCGCGCCCAGCCUUAUGACCCUAAUUUCUAUGACGAAACAUACGAUUAUGGAGGUUUCACCAUGUUGUUUGAGGACAGAGGCAGACGACCCAUUGGUGGGUUCCCCAUCCGUGUGCGUGGGGGCUUUGAGCGAAUGCCCCCUGUUCGUGGCAGCAGACCCCUGCCUCCCUCCAGAAGGGACUACGACGACAUAAGCCCUCGCCGGGGUCCCCCGCCACCUCUGAGCAGAGGUGGACGAGGCGGCAGCCGAGCACGUAACCUGCCUCUUCCCCCGCCUCCGCCGCCGAGAGGAGGGGGAGACAGAUUCUCACACGGCAGCUACCACAGUAGCAUGGAUGACAGACCUAGCGACAGGAGAAGCCGAGGAGGAGACCGCUAUGACAGCAUGAGUGGAGGCGGAUAUGACAACAAUUCUUCCUGGGAUCACUUUCAGUCCGGUGGUAGAGGGUCAUACAGUGAUAUCGGAGGCCCAGUCAUCACAACACAAGUCACCAUCCCUAAAGAUCUGGCUGGCUCCAUCAUCGGUAAGGGCGGCCAGAGGAUCAAGCAGAUCCGCCACGAGUCUGGGGCAUCCAUCAAGAUUGAUGAACCACUAGAGGGCUCUGAGGACCGCAUCAUCACCAUCACAGGAACACAGGACCAGAUCCAGAAUGCCCAGUACCUGCUGCAGAACAGCGUGAGGCAGUAUUCUGGUCGGUUCUUCUAGAAAGAAAGACGACGAGUGAAGCCAUGCUGCCAUAUGGUUUGCUCCUUCUGUUCAGAGCCGACAUUCCUUUGUAGAUGCGCCUCCUCCCCUCACUACCACACUCUACACCAUCGAGCUGUACAUUGGACAAAAUCUCAAGCUGUCAAACAGCAAACAAAGGGGUCAACGACACAUUUCUCUGCUGGUGUAAUUAUUUUCUGGGAGAUUCUUGUCCCGUCUUUGGAGUAAACUCAUGCGUGAUAACUUUCUGUGUUGUGAGCCGCCCCUGGGCCUUAUCGCCCUCAUUUCAGUACAGCAUGCAGAAUGUAAUCUUUUUUUUUCUGGUAAGGAACAUGAUGUGAUUUUAGGUUGUUCUUGUUAUUUUAUUUUUUCCCCCCUUUAUAAUGUUGAAGCGCCCUCUCAAAAUGCAGAUGUGUGGUCUCAAGUAUGGUUAAAGAACCAUUUAAAUAAACUUUCAUUUUUUCACACGCAUCAAACACACAGUUCCACUUUGAAAUGAAGAACUUUUGUAAAAUGGGCUUUAAAGGAAAUGUUUGACAUUUUAAGGAAAUUUGUUUAUUCACUUGUUCUCACAUGCAAGUUUCAUAAAGAUAAACUUUGGCUGUUGCUAAGCUCAAACUAAGAUGCAAGAUCAUCCUUUGCACAAAGUGCCAACAGUUCUCGACUGUCAGGCCCAAUUUGCCAUGAAUUCUUGGUAAAUAAAGACUACGACCCAUUUUUA